AUGAAGAGCGUUACCUUUAUGGCCAUGGCCUUUGGCCUGGCUUCUGCCUCCGUUGUCAUUGAUCCCACCCCGGAGACAUGCGAGUGUGAUACCGAUGACCUUUGCUACCAGGCUGUUCACGCUGCUGGUGCCUCGUACUGCAGCUACAUCGAUGCUUCCAACAUCCCUUCAGCAUGUGCCGACCUUCCGUCUCUCCAGGAGGCUUGCACCUGUGUCCUCCCCACUACCACCACAGCUGCUGCCGUCUCUACCACCGAGACUGCUAGCACCGAGGCCGGCACUGCCACAACAGAGACUGCCACCACUGAGGCCGAGACUGCUACCACCGCUAGCACCGAGGCUGGUACUGCCACUACCGGUACCACUGAGGCCGAGACUGCCACCACCGGUACCACUGAGGUUGACACUGCUACAACCGAGACCGCCACUACCAAGGUUGAUACCGCUACCUCUGAAACCGAGACUGCCACCGGUGUCACCACCGAGGCUGCCUCCACCACCACUGCCCCUGCUGAGACCAACACCACCACCGAGGAGGAGGACUGCGACUCUACCACCGAGGAGCUCUCCACUGGUACUGAGACUGCCACUGCCCCUACCGGCACUGAGACCGCCCCUACUGGCACUGAGACCAAGACCGAGACUGCUCCUACUGGUACCGAGACCAAGACCGAGACCGCCCCUACUGGCACCGAGACCAAGACUGAGACUGCUCCUACUGGUACCAAGACUGAGACCGAGACCGCCCCUACUGGCACCGAGACCAAGACUGAGACUGCUCCUACUGGCACUGAGACCGAGACUGAGACUGCUCCUGUCAACACCAAGACCAAGACUGAGACCGCUCCUACUGGCACUGAGACCAAGACUGCGGGUGUUUCCACCACUGAGGGAUCCCACGGUACCCAGACCACUGAGGCUACCGUCCCUUACACCACCAAGACUAUCUACACCACCGCUACUCACACAUACUCUAAGUGCCCUGACUACGUCAAGGACUGCCCUUACGGAACCCACGGUCCUUACACCGUCACUGAGACCGUUGCUGUUUCCACCACUGUCUGCCCCGUGACUGAGGAGCACCCCAAGCCUACUGGUUACACCACCAAGACCGUCUACUCUACCGAGGUCUACACCAUCUCCAAGUGCGCUUCUACCGUUAAGGACUGCCCCUACGGAUCCGUCACCACCAAGAGCUACCCCGUCUCUACCACUGUCUGCCCCAUCACCGAGGAGCACUCCAAGCCUACCGGCUAUGCUCCUCCUGAGUACACUACCAAGACUGUCUACUCCACCAAGAUCUACACUGUCACCAAGUGCGGCCCUGAGGUCAAGAACUGCCCUUACGGUUCCGUCACCACUGAGACUGUCCCUGUCUCUACCACCGUCUGCCCUGUCACUGAGGAGCACUCCAAGCCCACCGGCUAUGCUCCUCCUGCCCACAGCACUCUCUACACCACCAAGACCGCCUACCUCACCAAGGUCUACACCGUUACCAAGUGCGGUCCUGAGGUCCCCAACUGCCCUUACGGCUCUGUCACCACCGAGACUGUCCAGCAGACCACUGUCUACGCCACCGGUACCAAGGAGAUUCCUUCUUACCCCACCGUUGUCGUUCCCAAGCCUGAGCAGCCUUCUCACCCCGCUCAGCCUGAGUACCCUGCUCCUAAGCCUUCUCAGCCCGAGACUCCUGCCCAGCCUGAGCACCCCGCCAAGCCUGAGCAGCCCGAGACUCCCUCCAAGCCUGAGCACCCUGCUUACCCUGCUCCUCCUGCUAAGACCGAGACCUACCAGGCUCCCGCUCCUAGCCAGCCUUCUGCCACUCUCCCCUACCAUGCCCCCACUGGCACUGCCCCCGCUGUCGAGGUCACUGCCGGUGCUUCUCGCUUCGGUGUCGAGAUGGCCGUCGCUGCCGCCGGUAUCUUUGCCGUUCUUCUGUAA